UCAGCUUAGCAGAAAGAAAGAAGCUUGGUUUUUUGUCCUCUUCUGACUAAGGGUUUUACUGAUAUUCCUGUCUCCUAAAGCCUAACAGUUCUCUGGAGAAGUCUGCCAGCAGGAUUAUUGCUGUACGCCUUCAUCAUGGGAAAUAAUAUCAGCCACGAGAGCUAUUGCAGGAGGUCUGGGAAGCCUGAAAAGCAAGCAGCUGAGCAAGAAAAGGCAGAAGCUGAUCCUUCUACUGCCCAGGAAUCUCUGCUGGGGAGCAGUGAGAAUCCUCUUCCAAAGGAGAAAUCGCUGGAUGCUGCUGUGGGGAUGCAGAACAAAGAGACAGAAACAGCCUCAUCUUCCCUGCAAUGCAUGCAGGAUUCUGUGCCACAGGCAGCAGUACAAAGCAUGGAGAUGGAAGACCAUGGUGAGACCCAGCCCCCUGUGCAAGAGCCAGAAGUGACUGAAACUGAGCCUGCUAUAAUGACUUCAGACAUGCUGAUGUGUGCUCUAACUCAGGAGGGUGCUGCAACAGCUCAGCCAGCUGCAGGAGAUGCAGAAGUGACAAAAACUGACCUGGCUCUGCAAGCUGCUGGAGAGGUGGGAGAUAAAGAGGCAGAAGAUGUGGUGACCAACCAGGCAGCAGUGGAAAAACACUCGUCGGUGUACAAGAGAUCGAGUGGAAGGCUGUGCAAGCCAAGUCCUCUCUGCAGGUGGCUGAAGAAACUCAAGUCCUCUGCUGAGAAGAAGUAAGGUCAGGACUGAAGCAAUUACCACUCAAGAGUGAGGCUUCCUAUGAACUAUAAAAGGACUAUUAAGUGCCUCCUGGGAGAGGGGAAAAAAAGACUAAGUGUUAAAGUAGAAAGAAAAUAUUUUGUCAUCUUCAAGCUGUAUGUCUGCUGUGUAGUUCUGGCUGUUGUACAGGCCUGGGUGCAAUAUAGAGGGCAUCCCAUCUGGAUGUAAGAGAAAGGGAAACCUGAACUCCAGCUUGUGAGCUUGCCUUUUUCUGCUGCUUGCUGGGCUUUGUCUUUAAUAGCUUUCUUUCUGAACCUAUGUAAAAGUGCAGUGUACAGAUUUCUAUCUUUAUGGUGCUUCCCACCACUGUUUGACUUCCCUUCGCUUGCUUUUAAUAACUUGCUCUGUCUGAUUAGGCCAAGCUUAGUGCAUUAGUAUUAUCAAACUGAAUAAAUGCCUUGUAAAAAAACACUAAAUGUUUACAAACACAUAAUGUUAAUAGUGGGUGUUGUGUGGGAGGGUUGGUAAACAAGGGGCUCUUGUUUUGCUACUAGAAUUGAUUGCUUUGCUUAUAUUUGUUAACAAGUAAAUAAAAGCCAGUUUUAUUGCCUCAAA